GCCGAAACGACCGAGACAGGCGGAUGACAUGACCGAGAUCGUGCCCUCGCCGCGCCACAUUUCGCUGUCGCGCGUGGUUGUCGAAAAGACCGAAAGCCGACUGCUGGCGCGAAGUACGUACUGGGAGAUCUAUGAAGCCACGUAUGGCGCGACGACGGUCGCCGCGCUCUGCUACCGCCAGUCGAGUCGCCACGACACGCUUUGGGCGGCCACAGUCCACUAUAUCGACCGCCUUCUCGCCGCCGUACACCCCCAUGUGCUGCAAGUGAUCGGUCUCGUCUACGAUAUGUCGGCGCAUCGACGCCACGCGUUGCCCGCGUGCCUUCUCGUCGAGAAGACGUCCAUGAGCCUCUUUGACGCACUGCACACGCACAAAAUAGUCUUUAGUGAUGCCGACAUUGUCACCAUCGCGAUCCAAGUCGUGCAAGUGAUUGCAUUCUGCAACGGCGUCGGGCUCCGCCAUCUCACGAGCCGAAAAGUGCUGCUGCUCGACCCGUCGCUGCCAAAAAUCAAGAUUGCGGGCCUCUAUCAGCGCGACAUUCUUGAAAUGGCCAACGCACCGACCAAGGCGACGCCGUAUGAGCCACCGGCGACUGCAUCGGCCAUCAACGCCGACAUGUACGCAUUUGGCGUCCUUCUCUGGGAACUCUGUACGAGCGAGAAACCAACUGUCGAGCUCUUCCACUGCACAGCCCAGGUUCGCGUCGCUCGGCCGCACUUGGAACUUGCAGAAAGUCUCAUUCGCGCAUGCACGCACGAGGACGCGGGAUCGCGCCCCUUGGCAACCGAGGUCCUCGCCGAGCUUCUCGAAUUUCAGACGCGCCGCGCGUCGUUGCCACCCGAGAUCGGUCGCCCGGCGCCGCCAUCGAGCGUUGUGUUGCAUCAAACGCUGCAGCGCCUCGCGGCCGUCGAAAGCCAAGUGCUCGAUGAACAGCGCAAUUUUGACGUUGUCGUCGGCCAACUCGAGUUUGCCAACGCCGAAAUCGGGUCGCUGCAAGAUCUUUUGAGCACCAAGACGGAGCGCCUCGGGGCACUCGAGACAGCGCACGCCCAAGCCCUCUUGCGGGUGGCGGACCUCGACGCGUGGGAGAGCACACUGGAAGCGCAGCUCGCCGCCGCCACACAGCGCGUACUGGAGCUGGAACACGAGAUGCAGCGGCUCGAGCACCAGACAGCGCAUCAAAAGGAGCAAGCGGCCAAGACACGCCUCGAUAUCGAAAGCGCCAUCUUCGAGAAGCAGCAGUUGCGGCAGCUCGUGCAGGCACUCGAAGCCAAAGUGCGCGACGCGGAGACAACAGUAGCUCAAGAAAAAGACGUGAGCGACGAGCUCAAUGUGCGUUGGCAGCAAACGAUCAAGCACUGCCAGCAAGAACAGCUUCAGCGGGAAAAGCUCGAGCGACAACUGACGCAGCUGCGGCUGGAAAACAAGGACGCCCUCGACCAGCUCCGCGAUUGGCAUCCCGACACGGGUGUGCUCGCCAAGCAACGCCAAGCUACGAUGGACGACCAAGUGCUCGAGCACUUGCGUCGCAUUCAGACGCUCACACGCGAGAUGGUCGCGCUCAAGCUCGAUGCGACGGCACUUCAAGACGAGCUUGUCGCGAGCCGCGCGCGCGAACAGGCACUCGGUGUCCGCGUCGCUGAUCUCCAGUGUGCGGUGGCGCAGGCCGAGGCAGCGACGGCAGCCGCCACCGCGACAAGCAACGACUGGGCCGAUCGGUUCGCACGGCAAGCUCACGACCUCGAAGCGAGCCUUGACGCCUACCGAGACCUUCAGCGCGCUCACGCCGAAGUGCAGCACCAGCUCUCGCGGGAGCUGCAGCAGCGCCACGACGAAGAAAUGGCGCGAAAAACACGGCGGUGUCUGGACUUGAACUGCGACGCGCCGCCUUUCUUGAUCCAGCCGUCAGGCUAUUGCAAAGACCACGACGCCACGCGAGAACGUGAGAAAGCCGAGAAGCAGCGGCUCUUGGAAGAAGCGCAGCGCCAGAAGCCACCACAUGACGUCGCCGCCGACGCAUUUGCGCUUGGCGGGUUAAAACAGCUCGUGAGCGUCUUGGACACGUUUCAGGAAAGCGCUGCGGUCGUGGCUGCGGUUCUCAAGAAGCUGCACGUGCUCUGCGAAGCCCACGCCGUCCACAAGAACGAGCUUGGCGAUUUGUGUGGGUUCCCGGCGCUUGUCCGCAUUGCGCAAAAUCAGAGCACGCUCGAGGCGACGCAGAUUGCACUCGCUCGAUUGUUUGGCGUCGCAGCUUUCAACCACGACGUCAACCGCAUUCGACUCGUGAGCGAAGGCGCGCUGGACUCGCUACUGCUGGCCAUGGCAGGUUUCCCGCACAGCCUAUCGCUCCAGCAAAGCAGCUGCACGACGCUGACCAACCUGGCGCACAACUGCGAGGGGAACCGCCGCAAGAUCCUCGACAAGGGCGGUCUCGAGCGCAUUCUCGACGCCAUGCAAGCGUUUCCUAAAGAAGCAUCGCUGCAGGAAAGUGCGUGCUGGGCCCUCAUCUCCCUCGCGGGCUCCGAUUUUAUGUGCGAACACAUUGCCUCGCGCGGCGGCGUCGGCGCGAUUCUGGCGGCGAUGCUCAAUUGCCCGAGCAUCGCGUCCGUGCAGUAUUACGGCGUGUGGGCGCUGCUGAACCUCGUCUCGGGCGUCGAAACGCUGCAAGACUUUGCGAUCCAAGAAGGGGCCAUCGAGGUGUGUGAAGCCGCCAUGGCAUGCUUUACCGAGCACGCUGGUAUCCAAGACAAGGCGCAGUGCGUCCUGGACAUGCUCAUCGACAAUCAAGAGCUGCGCGCUACCGAUGCCGUGCUGCCCGAUAAAUAA